AAUCUCGUCCUCGUUUUCUUUCUACCGACGUUGACCACCGGUAACCUCCGCAGGAGCUCGUCGCCGGCGACACUCCGGUGCAUCCCCGGCCAUCCCAUCACCUGCAGCUGAACCGCUACGUCAUGGCGCACCCUCGACGCAAUCUGUCUCGUCCCGGGUCGCUCCCAUCCGCCGAAUCCAUCACAGACCUGCUCCUCCGCCAUGGCUGCAAGCUCUUCCUCACGUCCUCGGCUGGUUCAAGUUUUGUCCAGCCUCGUUUUUACAACAAAAGCAUGAGCAGCACACUGUUCUCGCGGCGAAGAUGCUUCAAUAAGUGUAGAGCCUUUUUCUAUAUCAACAACGGGGACGUAGUAUGUCUGAUCCGGCGCCUACUGGGCCUCGGGCCGUAUCCUCGUCAGCUUCUUCGAUGCCAAGCGCGCGGCAGCCCGCUUUUCGCUGCUCAGCAUUUUCUUCUUCCCGGAUAGGAUCACGAAGUGGUGUUGUGAGAUACGAC